AUGGACUCCUCCACAACAGCAACAAUCACCUCCAUAAAAACAUCCUUCUCCUCAAACCUUAACCCUAACCCAACCAAGAAAACCCCUUUCUUUCCUUACAAAAAAACCAAAAUCCCUUCUUUCUCCACCUUCAAAUCUCUUAAAUGCAUCCACUCAUCACCUGCAAAUCCAAAACCCUCAAAUUCCUCGCCUUUCAUCUGCACUGCAGUCACCUUCUCUCCUUCACAGACAACUGAGCUUGUCCCUAGUAAGCUUCACCAUUUAAUCACUGAAUUUGAGUCCCUCUCUCAACCAAUUGACCGUGUUAAACGCCUCCUCCACUAUUCAACCCGUCUCUCUCCAUUACCAGACUCUUCCCGGGUAGAUUCCAAUCGGGUCAUGGGCUGUACUGCCCAGGUCUGGGUGGAGGCACGCUUAGACCAAUAUGGGAAAAUGAGAUUUUGGGCGGACAGUGAUUCAGAGAUUACAAGAGGAUUUUGUGCUUGUUUAAUUUGGGUGCUUGAUGGGGCGUUGCCAGAGGAGGUUUUGAAGGUGACAACGGAGGAUUUGGCAGCUUUGAAUGUUGGAUUGCCUGCUGCAGCGAGGUCGAGAGUGAAUACUUGGCAUAAUGUUUUGGUUAGUAUGCAAAAGAGAGUGAGGAUGUUGGUGGCUGAAAGAGAUGGGAAUAAGGAUUUUGACCCGUUCCCAUCGUUGGUUGUUAGUUCCGACGGAUUUCAGGCGAAGGGGAGUUAUGCGGAGGCUCAGGCAAGAUAUUUGUUCCCAGAUGAGUCUAGGGUUCAGGAGCUUGUCAAUGAGUUAAAGGAGAAGGAAAUUGGUGUUGUUGCUCAUUUUUACAUGGAUCCUGAAGUUCAAGGUGUCUUGACUGCUGCACAGAAGCACUGGCCUCACAUCCACAUAUCUGAUUCGUUGGUCAUGGCAGAUAGUGCUGUUAAGAUGGCUGAAGCUGGAUGCAAAUUCAUUGCUGUUUUGGGUGUAGAUUUUAUGUCAGAAAAUGUGCGUGCAAUCCUUGAUCAAGCUGGCUUUGGAGAGGUUGGUGUGUACAGGAUGUCAAAUGAGCGCAUUGGUUGUUCUUUAGCAGAUGCUGCGUCUACUCCUGCUUAUAUGAAUUAUCUUGGGGCUGCUUCUGGGUCCCCUCCAUCUUUGCAUGUUAUCUACAUUAACACUUCGCUUGAGACAAAAGCUUAUGCUCAUGAGCUUGUGCCUACAAUCACUUGUACUUCUUCCAAUGUUGUGCAAACUAUGCUGCAGGCUUUUGCUCAAAUUCCAGAUUUAAACAUAUGGUAUGGGCCUGAUUCAUACAUGGGUGCCAAUAUUGCAAAAUUGUUCCAGCAAAUGACUAUGAUGACUGAUGAAGAAAUUGCCGAGAUACAUCCAGCGCAUAAUGGAGAUUCCAUUAGAUCACUGCUUCCUCGUUUACAUUAUUAUCAGGAUGGAGCAUGUAUUGUUCACCAUCUUUUUGGACACGAAGUUGUGAAGAAAAUAAGUGAUAUGUACUGUGAUGCUUUUUUAACCGCACAUCUUGAGGUUCCUGGAGAAAUGUUUUCCUUGGCUAUGGAAGCAAAGAGAAGAGGAAUGGGAGUAGUGGGUUCUACUCAAAAUAUAUUAGAUUUUAUAAAGCAAAGGGUGCAGGAGGCCCUGGAUAGAGAUGUCAAUGAUCACCUCCAAUUUGUGUUAGGAACUGAAUCAGGAAUGAUUACUUCAAUUGUUGCAGCAGUUCGCCAUUUGUUAGAUUCUUCAAAGUCUUCUGAGAAGGCAAAAGUGAAUGUUGAAAUUGUCUUUCCAGUCUCAUCAGAUUCAAUAACAAGAACACCAACAAAUUCAACCCCAGGCCUAAAUUCGGUUGAAGUUGGUGACAUCAUAUUGCCUGUUGUACCUGGAGUUGCCAGCGGGGAGGGAUGUUCUAUUCAUGGGGGCUGUGCAUCCUGUCCAUACAUGAAGAUGAAUUCUCUUAAUUCGCUUCUAAAAGUUUGCCAUCACCUGCCUGGCAAGAAAGACAAAAUCGCAGCAUAUGAAGCUGCACGAUUUAAAUUGCAAACUCCAAAUGGAAAAUCAAUUGCAGAUGUUGGGUGUGAACCAAUAUUGUACAUGAGACACUUCCAGGCUACAAAAGAACUUCCAGAUAAGCUUGUUUACCAGGCUCUCUAUCCAAACAGCAAUGGGAGGGCAUUAAAAGAGCACGAUGGUGCCGAAGAAGGGGUUAAUGAUGCCGAGCUUCAUGGUGCCAAAAUUAUCAAAAGUUACAACAAAAGAGAUGGAAUGAAUGAACCUAAGGUUGUUGAAAAGUUGUUCAACUCAUCUCGACAAGAUAUCGUUGCUCAAAUCCGAGACAAGAUUGUUGAUAAUGUUGAUUUUGAAGAUUUAGCAAAAGAUGAGCCCAAUGAUCAUGACAAAUGGGGAGCCCUUGGUGUGGGAGCUUUUCAUAGGAUUUAUGGUGGGAGAAAGAGGAAUGGAAGCCAUCCACCUCAUUUUUGUAAGAGCAAAGAUUAU